ACUACAAAUUGACAUAAGCACGUUUUACUUAGAUCGCAUGUGUAUAUUGUGUAAUUUUUAUAAAUAAUGGUGUAUUAACCUAUAAAUGGGUUAAUGGUGCAUGUUGUCGAGUAUUUCUUGAAUUUUUCAGAAUGUGCGCUAUUUCCAUUGUUGCUUUUGCUUCCAAUAAAACAUAGCUCUUAUAAAUGAAAUAUUUGUUUCUCAUUAUUCUGGCAACGCUCUCCCAUUGGUUCAUAUUUUUUGUGCUUAGUUCUAUUCUUUCUUCUUUGUUGCUUUUGUACUCGUUCGCAUUUUUUGUAUAUUGUUGAAAAUUUUUAAUAUAUGAAAAUUGUUUUUUGUAAUAGUUAAACAACUAGAAACCUAUUUACAAAUGUUCCAUUGAAUAUUUAAUACAUUACAACCACUUUCGGAUGUAGGAGAUGUACAUAAUAUACACAGCAAAGGAUACAUUUAACUAACAGCAGACAGGAAAAUGUCACUUCGAAAGUGUUUUCCUUGUCUGCAAUUCAGAAAUGAGGAAGUCAUUACUAAGUUGAAUUAUAGCAAUAAAGUCUUGACAGAUGAGUUUCCAGAAGUAUGGGAACACGAACGGACAUUAGAGGAGCUACAAUUAAUCUCUGCUAGGUUAAAUUCCUUGCCACCACAAUUGUUUUAUUGCAAAAGUUUACGUAUCUUAAAUGUUAGCAACAAUAAUCUUGAAACCAUACCCACUGCCAUUGGUUCAUUACGUCAAUUACAGAACUUAGAUCUUAGUCGUAAUCUGAUUUGCAAUGUUCCCGAUAAUAUCAAAUCUUGUAAAAACUUAACUUAUUUGGACCUAAGCUGUAACAAUCUCCAACGUCUGCCUGAUGCAGUCACAAGCCUUAUAACACUACAAGAAUUGCUGCUGAAUAGUACUUGUUUAGAGUUUUUGCCUGCCAAUUUCGGACGCUUAGUAAAUUUGAAGAUUUUAGAACUUCGACUAAAUAAUCUUAUAACAUUACCAAAAUCGAUUGCACGACUAUGCAAUCUGCAACGUUUGGAUAUUGGAGCGAAUGAAUUUACCGAAUUGCCGGAAGUUGUGGGGGAGUUAAAACAAUUGCGAGAGUUAUGGGCUGAUCUAAAUCAAAUACGGCGUAUGCCACCUAAUAUUGGAAAAUUACAUGAGCUGCAGCAUUUAGAAUUAAAUGGUAAUUUACUUGAUACACUACCAAAUGAAGUAGGGCAACUGUCCAACUUGGAUGUCCUGUCCGUAUGUAGCAAUAACUUAACGUCUUUGCCAUUCAGCAUUGGAAAUAUGAAAUCUCUAGUCUUAUUAAAAUGCGAAUAUAACGAUUUACGAGAGCUGCCAGACAGCAUAUCCAACUUAAUUAAUUUGGAAGAAUUCGUUUUAAGCCAUAAUCAGAUACUUCGUUUGCCAGCAACUAUUGGAAUGCUAAGAAAACUGCGCUUUCUGUUUGUCGACAACAACGAACUAAUUACAAUACCUGAAGAAAUAAGUAGUUGCACGAAUUUAAGCAUACUCAGCGUUAGUUAUAACAAAUUGAAGGAAUUGCCUCAAAAUAUUGGACACUUAACUGGCUUAAAAGUUUUGAAUUUAGUGCAUAAUCAAAUUUGUACUUUACCUGUUUCUAUUCUAAGUUUAGUCAAUUUAACUUCUUUAUGGAUAAGUGAUAACCAAUCGCAACCUCUUGUGCCACUACAAUAUCUUGAUGCAGGCACAAAGACACAAUUAACUUGCUUCAUGCUACCACAAGUUCGUCUUAGCACUGUUCACUUCAAUAAUUAUAAUCAGGAAGCGUACGAUUUUUAUAACUCAACAUCAGAUCAGCAACAGCAGUCAACAAGUUCCAAAAUGCCGACUGGUGCAUCCACAUGUAGUGGUGGUAACAUAUCAUCAAAACACAUAUGCUUUGCUGAGGAAGCAACUGUUAUGAAUGGGACAACUGAAGAAAAUGAAACAGCUAAAAUAUCAAUUGUCGAGGUCCAACCAAAUGAAGUGGGUUUAAUGCGUUCAUCGACUCCACAUCCUAAAGAGUUGCGUUUAAUGGCAAAAUAUUUACGAAAUAGUCAACAGAAAUUACCCAAUAAACCACCUGAAUUUAUAAAUAUUAAAGAAGCCAGGGUAAUGUCAAAUACAAGUAACAACUGUGAUAAUCUAAAUCAAACACUCGGUACAAGUGCUACAAAUGAAAACGCCUUAACUGAUAAUCAACAACAGUAUAGCGUACAUGAACUAGCCCAUCCAGCACAACUACAAUUUAUGUAUGGCGUACCAGAGCAGAUAAUACAGUACGAACCAAUAUACUAUCAACAACAGCUUACACCAGUGCCAAUAUCAAUGUCCAUGCCUGUUACAGUUAGCAACAAUUGUGCUGAACAACAGAAUGUUAUCUAUCCACAAAUGAACGAUGUAAACAAUUAUCAGAUUUAUGAUUACAAACAACAGGAGGCGCAACAGUUGCUGUCCUCCUAUGACUAUGAUACAAAUAACCUGCCUUUGCAACCAAUAAACGAGCCCCCACCUUAUCAUAUAGCUCGUGCAUUUACUAAAAAAACGCCUAAAGAUCUUACGGACUAUGAAACAAUACGAAACCAGCAACAGAAGCAACAGUUAUACGAAAUUCAACAGCAGCAAAUGCAGAUGCAGAUAAUACAACAGCAGCAGCAGCAGCAGCAACAACAACAUCAAAAACAAUUGCAACACCAAAUACAACAACAUCAACAAAAAGAUCAGCUGCAAGAUCUGCAGCAACAAGUUUCGCAACAAAAAGAAGAUAUUACUUUUGAUUAUGAAAACAAUAUACGAGAAAUGGAGACUGCGAAUCUGUCAACACCCAAUGGAAUUCAACCAGUGUAUAUACACAGUCAGCAGUUGAAACAAAAUGAUAAUGAAUUAUACACAACAAACGCAUCAGCAACGGAAGACAUAGCCAACUCACAUACGCAAUUGAAAAGCAACCAACAACCAAAUAACGUUAGCAAGGAAAUUGCGAUCCCUAAUCACAGUACAACAGAAUCAAAUAAUAACACCAAUAGUGGUGAAAAAUCCAAAACUCAGAAGAAAGCGUGGCUUUUCGGCACACAUAAAAAUCCUACUGUGAAACAAGUAGUUAUUUUAUGGGAAAAUCAUAUUGGAUUUGAAAUCGCUGAAUUACCAGACAAGAACGGUAUAUAUGUGUCAUCGACUGUGCCAAAUACCAGUGCUGCUCGACUUUUGUUUGUUAACGAUAAAUUAUUAGAAAUUGAUGGACAUGAUUUUUCAAACAUCAGCAUAACCGAAGCUAAAGAUAUUUUAUCCAAUGCUGGAGCCAUGAUAAACAUAAUGCUGUCGCGACACUAAAUAUUUCAUUCCAAUAAAAGUAUUUAUAUACAUUAAGAAUUUUUAAGUUAUUUAUAGAAAUUUGAAAAAAUAGCUUUGAGAAAUUAUUUUAGUAAAAACAUAAGUUAAACGAAUUCCAUUAUGUUAAAGCUUUAUGAUAUAUGUAAUUUAAACAGUACCAAUAGUCUUCCCAGUGAAGUGUAAUUUAGACGAGAAUAAGUUUUUUUAUAUGUAUUUUCUCUAUUGAAAAUAAUUUAUAUAAUAAUUGUAUAAAAGUAAAAGCAAUAUUAAAUGUGCAAUGCUAAUUUCUAAAAAGCAUAUUUAAGCAAUUAUAUCUUGUGGAAAUAUAAGAACAA